CCCGCGGCCCCUCCCGGAGGCUCGGACCCUCGGCGUGAGCUGGAAGGCUGCUGCGGCGGUGGAGGCCUGCGCCUCGGAGGCGCCUCGGGUCUGCCAGCCGCUGGGACCCGGACCUGCAUCCGGUCGCCGCGGGCGUCGGAGGAACCGCUUUCCUUGUGCGCCUCGCCUCGCCAGCGCUCGGGACGCGGCCCCCGCACUUGCUGGAUUUUUCAAGUCACAUUCAGUUGAUAGGAUGAAAAAAUUUAAGAGAAGGCUAUCCCUCACGCUUCGAGGAAGCCAGACUAUUGAUGAAUCGUUGUCUGAACUGGCUGAACAAAUGACUAUUGAAGAAAACAGCAGCAAAGAUAAUGAGCCUAUUGUGAAGAAUGGCAGACCUCCAACCUCUCACAGUAUGCAUUCCUUCCUCCACCAGUACACAGGGUCCUUCAAGAAGCCUCCAUUGCGGAGACCACAUAGCGUUAUUGGAGGAAGCCUUGGCUCCUUCAUGGCAAUGCCCAGAAAUGGAAGCAGAUUAGAUAUUGUUCAUGAAAAUCUAAAAAUGGGAUCAGAUGGUGAGAGUGACCAAGCUUCUGGGACAUCAUCUGAUGAAGUCCAGUCACCUACGGGUGUUUGUCUUAGAAAUCGUAUACAUAGACGGAUCUCAAUGGAGGAUUUAAAUAAGCGGUUAUCACUGCCUGCGGAUAUCAGAAUACCUGAUGGAUAUCUUGAAAAGUUGCAGAUAAACAGUCCACCAUUUGAUCAACCAAUGAGCCGAAGGUCUCGGAGAGCUUCCUUAUCAGAAAUUGGGUUUGGAAAAAUGGAAACCUACAUCAAAUUGGAAAAGCUUGGAGAGGGUACAUAUGCAACAGUAUAUAAAGGAAGAAGUAAAUUGACAGAGAAUUUGGUGGCAUUGAAAGAGAUCCGGUUGGAACAUGAAGAAGGUGCACCCUGCACAGCAAUAAGAGAAGUUUCACUAUUAAAGGAUCUAAAACAUGCAAAUAUAGUAACGUUACAUGACAUUGUUCACACAGAUAAAUCUUUGACUCUGGUCUUUGAGUAUCUGGAUAAAGAUCUAAAACAGUACAUGGAUGACUGUGGAAACAUCAUGAGUAUGCACAAUGUUAAGCUGUUUUUAUACCAAAUUCUACGUGGUUUGGCAUAUUGCCACAGAAGAAAGGUGUUACACCGAGACUUAAAACCACAGAACCUCCUCAUUAAUGAAAAAGGAGAAUUAAAGCUAGCAGAUUUUGGACUAGCCAGAGCCAAGUCAGUUCCCACAAAGACCUACUCAAAUGAAGUUGUCACACUGUGGUACCGGCCGCCUGAUGUGCUUCUCGGUUCCUCAGAGUACUCAACACAGAUUGACAUGUGGGGUGUUGGUUGCAUUUUCUUUGAAAUGGCUUCUGGAAGACCUCUGUUUCCAGGAUCAACUGUGGAAGAUGAACUGCACUUAAUUUUCCGACUGCUAGGAACUCCAUCUCAGGAAACUUGGCCAGGUGUUUCUUCAAAUGAUGAGUUCAAGAACUACAACUUUCCAAAAUAUAAACCACAGCCUCUAAUUAACCAUGCACCCAGGUUAGACUCUGAAGGAAUCGAGUUGAUAACAAAAUUUCUUCAGUAUGAAUCUAAGAAAAGGGUUUCAGCAGAAGAGGCCAUGAAACAUGUGUACUUUCGAAGUCUGGGACCAAGGAUACAUGCUUUACCUGAAAGUGUAUCAAUAUUCAGUUUGAAAGAGAUUCAGUUGCAAAAGGACCCGGGUUUUCGAAAUUCUUCUUAUCCAGAGACAGGACAUGGGAAGAACAGAAGACAGAGCAUGCUCUUUUAAGUCUGGUAACAUGGUUUCAAGCCCAGCCCCCAGCCUUUCUUAUCAAUCAAGGACUCAGAUCUGAAGGCAAUUAUUUCUUUUGGUGGACUUGGAAUCUUCGUUUGUCUACACUGUCCUCUUCACAGUGGAGUCUUUUUAUUUCAGACCUACAAAUUGUUUUUAUAUUUGUUGUCACAGUGUGACAAUUUUUUUGUACAGUUGGUUUUAAGGUCUUCUCUGCCAUUAGAGCCAGUAGGUUACAGCUAUUGAUGUAACUGUAGCUGCAAUUUUUGUGCAGGACUGAGAAACACAAUGCAUUAUUUAUUGCGGAAUCAUUGCUGCUAAAUAACUACUGUCUGUUUAUUUAACACAACAGUUGAAUGCCUGAAGAAGUUGCAGUGGCUUUAUUAUACGUGAAUGCAUCUGUUUCUCCUCACAAAUUGUUUUACUGCUGCAUUUUUUCUUUGUUUGUUUUUAAAAUUAAAGUACAGUGUUUCCUGGAAUGUAAAUCCAGCUUUGCUUAACAGUAAAAUAAGUGAGCCAACUUGAACACUCUUACAGUCAUGCUAUAUAAUUUUUUUAUUGAACAUUGGCAAAUAGAGUAGUAAGAAAUUGAUAAGCACAUUAUGUUUAGGAAAGCAUGUGAUGCAGAAGUUGAUUCAAGCAAGUGAAUACCUGACAUUUUGGGGAUCUCACAUUAAAUACCAGUAAAUUAAAGCACCAAAAUUAUUUAUUUUUAUUUUUCCUCAUUUUAGAAAUACUUACUGCAUAUUAUUGGAUAUUUGUAUACUAAUACACUUACCUAUUUUACAUCGUGCUUUAAUUUAGUUAAAACUAAACCAUACAAGUCCAGUCAAACAUCAGAGGUCUUGUUUUGUUUAUUUGUUUUAAAUACAAUUCUUUUAUUAGAAUGGAUGAUACUUCAUUGGGGAACAGUUUUAUUUCAUUUGGGAGCUGUGUGUAUGUGUGUGCUUUAAUAACAUUCACUUGGAAUCAGUUGAAAGCUGUAAUAUGUCUUUGAAAUGAGCCAUGAUAAAUACAAAUGAGAGAAAUGAGAACUUGGAAGAUUGUUUUAAAGCAUUAUAGAUAUCUGUUUACCAGAGAUAGUAAAUAUUACAGUUUUAAUUAUGCAUCUUUUUGAACAUCAUAAAUACACCUUGGUGUUGGUAACAGUGUUUUAAGCAUUUGUGUUCACUUUUAAGGACUAUUUGUUUAGUGCAUCUUACCAACUGCAAAUCUUAAUUGCUAUAUUUUGAAAUGGUCAUGUAAAUUUUGGGCUUAUAUAUCAUGAAAAUAGUCAUAACUUAAUUCUUUUCCUGACAUUCACUGUAAAACAUUCAGGGGUCCUACCAUUUCUGUUCAGGAAAUCUUGUAGUUUAUUGUUAUUUAACAGUAUUAAGUGAAUUUUUGUAUAUUUCAUUUUAACUUUAUUUGUGAAUAGUGAUUGUGGCAUGUUUGGGGUGUUGUUUUAAUAUUUCAUAAUACUGAAAUUUUAAUUUUUUAAGAAAAGUUUUCUGGAAGAAACAGAUUCAUGUGUAAUGGUGAAUAUUGGACCACUACUGCUUUUCACAUUUGUAAAUUGGUUUUAUGUUAAACCCUGUAGCCUAACAAACUGCUGUUAUUUCUAACUGACAGAUAUGUAUUAAUAUUGUACUUUGAAGGUUAUAAAUAUUAUGUGAA